UAUUGUGGGUUUUUUAUCUGCUUAUUUGUCUGGAGCUUUUUACUGAGCAUUACAGCUUCUUCUCCUGCCCUUGUUCUGGCUGAUUAACUUUCCAAAUCAUCAUUAAAGAAAUAAUCAGUAUAAACAUAAUUACUGGAUCCUAGCCAUCAUCUUUAAAAUGACUUUCAUGGGCACUUCAAUGCAAAUGAUAAUGCUUGGGAUUUUCUGGUACAAUAUCCAUUCCUGCUUUUAGUUGUAGCAUCCUAACCUUUGCUUUUACUUUAAAGUGUAUUUAGAGAUGGGAUUAUUUUUGUAAUUUCCAAAACAUUUGAUGGCAACAUAUUUUUACAAUUUGUAAAUAGUUAUUUUUAGAAGAGUUUUCAGUAUUUUUUUUAAAAAAAACAAUUGCUGAAGAAAGAAGGAAUGUCCUAAUAGCUCAUGGGUGUCAAACUAGCAGUGUCACAUUGCUGUCACGUGAUGUUUCGUGUCAUUUUUUUUUCCUUUUGCGGAGCUGGGGUGGGCAUGGCCUGUGUGUGAUCCAUCCGACCCAUGAGUCACCAGUUUAACACCCCUCUAAAUAGCUGAUAAUCCUUGCAAAUUCUUCCUUUCCUUGUAUAAAAAAGGGCAAAACAAAUGUAUGUGUGUGAUUCACAAAUUAAUUAUACAUUUAUGGCUUGUCUGCUUGUCACUAUAAAACUAAUAGUGAUUCAAGAUGUCUAUCACCACCACCUCUAGAAACAUUCAAGAAAAAUAUCUACAUUCAAUUAGAUAUUUAAGGAAUGAAUUAAUCAUAUAGUGAUACCAAGGAUCUUUUUUAGAUAUUAGGGUUUUUUAAAUUUACUUUAAUGAAUGUACACUUUUUAUAUUAAAUGCCCCUGGAAUAUUGGUGUACUGUAGAUGUUGUUUAUAUAUUUGUCAUAUUUAUGUAGCCACCCAUCUGACAAUCAAGUGAUUCAUUAAUAAAAUAAAAAUAUAACAAGGAUGUUUCCUCUCCUUCAAGGAUCCACUCUCAAAUUGGAAAACUGAGGUGAAAAAGAAAUAUGUUAUAAUCAAAAUAAUUUAUUUUAAAGUUAAAAAAAAAGAAAAGGAAACACAUGGCUUUCUCCUAAGCCUUGAGGUAGAAUGUAUGGAUCCAUUGUUAUAUAUGUUUGUCAUAUGUUGCAUCUGUUUUGAUCUCAAUUGUCUUGGUUUGCUAUUUUGCUGAAUUUGUUUUCUGCAUUUUUAUGUAUCUUGUUUUAUUUAUGUUGUGCCAGUGGUGAAAUGUAAAAUUUGUUACUACUGGUUCUGUGGGCGUGGCUUGGUGGGGGGUAAUGUGACUGGAUGGGCAUGGCCAAAUCUUUUUUUUUUACUUUUAAAAGCAUUUUUUCUACAACCUCUUCAGCCGAAGAGGUUGUAGAAAAAAUGCUUUCAAAGGGUUCUGACGAUCCCAGCUGAGUUGCUUGAAUGUCAGAACCCUUUAAAAGCAUUUUUUACAACCUCUUCAGUUGAAGAGGUUGUAAAAAAAAUUCUUUUAAAAGGUUUUGACAAUCCCAGCUGAGCCGCACGAUCAUUAGAGGCUUUUUUUUUAACUUUUAAAAGCAUUUUUUCGGUCAAAACCUCUGACGGCUCAGCUGGGCAUGGGGGAGCAGGGAUUUUUGCUAACGGUUCUCUGAACCACCCGCUGCCAUCACUUCCAGAUUGGGCAAUCCGGUCCAAACCAGGAGCAUUUCACCCCUGUGUUGUGCUUUUUAUUUUCUGAGCUACCCAAGGUAAGUGUGGGUUUGGGUCUUAAGUUGGGCAGGCACUGAAGUUGAAUUGAAUAAAUAUAAUGGCUAAGAUGCUUGUUAAAAAUUACAUCAAAAUCAAGAAAUAAUCCAAUUCAUAAUAUAGCGGACAAUAGAAGUGAAUCUUCAAAAAUAUUUAACUGAUGAAAAAUAGAUAGCACAUGUGAUUAAGAAAAUGAGUGCCAUAAAAUAAUAUUUAAUAUAGCAAAAUGUGUAUUCUGAACCUUGAUCCCACAUCUUUUUCAAAAAAAUGUUUUCUAUACUUGAUACAUUGCAGAGAAAAUGUUUCAUUUUGCUACAAUGUCAGUGGUUUCUUUAGUUUACAAUUGCAAUUUUUUUGGCUGGCUGCUUCUACUUAGCAGAUGAAAAUAAAGAGAUACAUUAGUAAAUUGAAUAAACUAUAUUUUUAAAAUUUCAUAUAUCAAACAUACAUUUAUGACCAAAGCAAGUUAUACAUAAUAUAUUUAUAAACCAUACAACUGCAUAUAGUUUAAUUCACUGGAAAAACUAAGUUUUUCCUGAAAAAAAUGUUGACAGGGACAAGACGUUUUUCCAUAUGCUUCCAAUAUUUCCAGAUUAUUUGUACUGGUAGUAGUGAAAAGUAAGCCACCAUUACUUAAAGUUUAAUCUUGUGCUUAACUAGUGUUAAUCACCUACACUUUGAAUGAAAACAGAAGAUAUCUAUUAUAUGCAUCGCAUUCUUCUGUGCCACCACUAUAACAGCUGAACAAUGCACAAUUAUUUUAUUUUCAUAUUAGGCACCACUUUGCUCCAAGAUCACUCUGGCUUCUAAAAUACCACUCCACUCUGUUCUCAUUUUCCAGGGUUCUUAAUCUUCCUUGAGGUUCGUAUUGAUGUAGCCACUAAUAGGAUUGCUGAAAAGAUCUCUGUCUAUGGGAUGCUGAUUCCCCUCCGGAGAUCACUGAGGACACCAUGGCAGUGACUUUCAAAACAAUGCUAGGUCGGGUCAAGGAUGUUUGCAAAAGGAAUGGUUUACUCAUUCUCUCAGUGUUAUCGGUCAUAGUGGGAUGUCUUCUUGGAUUCUUUCUGAGGACAAGGCGCCUUUCUCCCCAGGAAAUUAGUUAUUUCCAAUUUCCUGGAGAAUUAUUGAUGAGAAUGUUGAAAAUGUUGAUUCUGCCUCUAGUUGUUUCAAGCCUGAUGUCAGGACUAGCAGCUCUGGAUGCUAAAACAUCUAGUCGAUUAGGCAUCAUUACAGUCACUUACUAUCUGUGGACUACAUUUGUGGCUGUGAUUGUGGGAAUCAUUAUGGUCUCUAUUAUCCAUCCUGGUGGGGCAGCCCAGAAGGAAGACACUGAAGAAGGUGCGAAGCCAAUUAUGAGUUCUGCAGAUGCACUGCUGGAUCUAAUUCGGAACAUGUUUCCUGCCAACCUUGUGGAAGCCACUUUUAAACAGUAUCGAACCAAAAGCAUUCCAAUUGUCAAAGUGAGCAAAACAUCAUCUGAAAGUAUCACUCGCCGAAUUAUAAUCUAUGGUGUGCAAGAUGAAAAUGGAUCCAACAUCCAGAAUUUUGCUUUGGAUAUUACACCACCACCAGAAGUGAUUUACAAGUCAGAGCCAGGAACUAGUGAAGGCAUGAAUGUGUUGGGAAUUGUAAUAUUUUCUGCUACCAUGGGUAUAAUGCUGGGCAGAAUGGGUACCAGUGGAGUUCCCUUGGUCAGUUUUUGCCAGUGUUUAAACGAAUCGGUCAUGAAGAUAGUAGCUGUGACUGUAUGGUAUUUUCCAUUUGGAAUAGUGUUUCUUAUUGCUGGUAAGAUUUUGGAAAUGGAUGAUCCCUCAGCCAUUGGGAAGAAACUAGGAUUUUAUGCCGUUACCGUACUUUGUGGACUAAUUGUUCACGGACUUGUUAUUCUGCCAAUGAUGUAUUUCUUCAUCACCAAGAAGAACCCCGUUGUCUUUAUCAGAGGCAUUCUUCAGGCACUACUUAUUGCUCUGGCCACAUCAUCCAGUUCAGCCACUUUGCCUAUAACUUUCAAGUGCUUAUUAGAGAACAAUCAUGUGGACCGGAGGGUUGCUAGGUUUGUGCUCCCAGUAGGGGCUACAAUCAACAUGGAUGGAACAGCCCUAUAUGAAGCAGUGGCAGCUAUUUUCAUCGCCCAAGUAAACAACUAUGAACUGGAUUUUGGACAGAUCAUCACCAUAAGCAUUACGGCAACAGCUGCCAGCAUAGGAGCUGCUGGAAUCCCACAGGCUGGCCUGGUGACCAUGGUCAUCGUUUUGACAUCAGUGGGGCUGCCUACAGAUGACAUCACUUUAAUAAUUGCAGUUGAUUGGGCUCUAGACAGAUUUCGGACAAUGAUCAAUGUCCUGGGUGAUGCUCUUGCUGCUGGAAUAAUGGCACAUAUUUGCAGAAAAGAAUUCACUGCAGAAAGAUCUGAGGUGCCUUUGAUUGGAGAAACAAAACCUGUUAGUAUCCACAAAAUCAUUGCUUUUCAGAAGAAUGGCUGUCUGAAGUCCAUGAAUAAAAUGCGUGGACCCAAAGCAGUUAAAACAACACUGCAUCACUUACCUAUUCAAAUGGAACAAGAAGAGGAUCAGUCAGAAUGUUACACAGAGAAAUCCAACAAUAAAGACCAUUGUACUAUUGAAAUCAAUGAAUUGGAAACAAAUGUGUAAUGUACAGUUAAUCCUAAAAGUAUCUGAAAACAAAAGAAUAUCCUGUAAAUGAAGUUGGGACAUGGCCUGCUUCUUCAAUGGCAAGGCAUGAAAUGACUGUUAUUCCUGAACUGAGGUUAUAAGAUAGCUGUGGACACCUGUGAAGACAGAAGGCUUCAUGGAAGAUGGGUUCCAUUGGUUGGUUGGGUUAGUAGAAAGGAAUUAAUCACUGGACAAAUGUUGUUUACUUUGGGAAAACAGAUAUGGUGAUGUUUUUAAGAAGAAACCUUCUGAUCCAUUGAAAUGAUUUCUACUAAAUCACCCUGUCUCCAUUUUUCUAAUCAAAAUUAAUAUACCAGAAAUUCAUUAAUGUUCUAUUCUUAGUUUAAAAAUGUAUUACUAACUAAUUAAUGGAUUUAAGCUAAAUUGUGGAUGGGAUCAAAGUCCUGCUUACUGAGCCCGAAUUAUGUGAAAUAAAGUAUUGUUAUUAAUCUGCUGAUUUGGAUACACUGUGAUCAUAAGCAGUGGUUAGUUUAAAAUGGAAAUGAGUCUGCUUUCCCUACAGUUGCAAAGAUGAAAGUGGAGAGAGCAGUGCAGUGGCCUUGAGAGGUCAUUGAACUACUGUUUGGUGUUACGUGCAACCUGGUUAAAAUUGUUAACAAAUUGUUCUUGUUUGCAGCUUCAUUCUGCAUUCUUCAAUGUUCUGAGUGAACACUGUUGUAGCUUUCUGGUUGUAGUCCAAAGUACUGGUUUUAAUUUAUAACACCGUAUAUGGUUUGACACCUAAGUAUCUUUGGGACUGCCUCCUUCAACCACGUGAGACCUGUCUGUUCCAGAAGAAACUGUUAAUACUGUUAAUCCCCAAUACCACUUUGGGAGGGGAGGGAAACUGAGGCCCAGAGGUGUUGUUUCUCUAUGAUGGCCCCUGUUAUAUAGAAUGGCCUUCCUGAAGACAAGAUUGGCUCGAUCAAUAAAAGUCUUCUAGAAGCUAGUUAAAAUCUAGAAGCUGGUUAAAAUUGGGAGACUUGGGAUGAAUUGUGAUAGAACUGGAGUUCUUAUGUAAUUCUAAUUUUAAUGUAACUUAAAUUUAAUUUUAAGUUACUGUGGAAGUUUUAGUGUUGCAUUUUACACUUGUAAUGAAUCAGGGGUGGGUUCUACUUACCUUUGCUACUGGUUCGCAUCAUGCCCCUGUGCACGCGCUCCCUUCGCUCAUGCGUGUGCUUGCUCUUCUCCGCAUGCGCAGAAGCUUCUGCGCAUGUGCAGAAGAGUUUUGAUGAUGUUUGGGUCAGUGGGCGGAGCCUCCCGCCGGUUUUACUACUGCUUCUAUAGAACCAGUCCGAACCGGGGGCAACCCACCACUGUUACGAAUGCUCCAAGAGUUUCUUGACGUGGCACUAUAUAAAUUUAAGGAAUGAAUGAAUAGACCAAUGUAAUCUUUAUAUCCACCACCACAUGAAUUUCAAAUAGUCAAUUUCUAUUUUCUAAUAGUAAUUUAGAUGGCCUUUUGACUAUGAUGGUAGCAACAUAUAAUGAUCACGUAUAGAAAUUCCAUUGUAUAUUAAAGGUUCUCAGAGCCCUUUCAUUUUUAUUUUGUAUUAUUUGGAGAGAUAAACUGCAACUAAUACUGUUUGUUACAUAUUAUUUUCUAAGGUUUAAAAUGUACAUAUUAUAAUAGUAUAUUUUUGAACCAAGAUAUAUUACGUUUUGUUUAAUGAGGUGAUAGAGAAGGAGUUUUUUUAUUUUUAAGAUCCCUAAAAAUAAAGUAUCAACCCCCAUUCUAAACUUUCCCUAUCAUAUUAGCCUCCCAAGUACUUCCUUCUCUUUUCCAUCUCCUUUUCUUCCACCUCUAACUUGGUAAAAUCCACAGUGACCAAAUUAGUGUUUUUCAACUGUGGCAAGUUUAAGAUGUACAGGUAUGGGAUGGUGGCUGGCGAAUUCUGGGAUUUGAAGUCCACACAUCUUAAAAUUGCCACGGUUGGGGAAAAAAACCUGGUUUAAUUAUAAAAAUCCCUAACCAAAAUAACUGGUGCUAAAAAAGGCUAUACAGUGUUCUGUAAUUUAUAUAGCUUUUAUGAGUGAUAGUUUGGGUCCAAAUCUCUUGUGGUCUGAGUGUUCUCUUAAACAAAAGUUAGAAUUUAGCAUAUGCAAUUGUGGCACAAUUUCAUUGUAAUGAUAUAUUCAGAUUAAUAAUGUUCCUAUAAUUGCUGUCUGUAAAUGCAAAUGAUUGCACUUGCUCCCUCCCCCACCCCAUACACAUACAAACAUGCUAUGUAAGGUAUCUUGGAUGACUUUCUUCAGAGCCAGUUCAAAUCUUCAACUCUACAGUCGUGUGCUUUUAAUUUGGCAACGGCUUCCAUUUGCACCUUUCUUACAGCCCAUUAGAUGGAAAUGGGCUAGAUGGAAUUAGUGCUUUUAUAGCUUUAAUACUUGGGCUAGAAGUUUUAAUUUCUCACAAAAAAGAGUAACGUUGAAGUCUCAGCUCAUCUGAAAGUCCAAAUAUUGUCAUUCGUGACACAAAAAUAUUGGGAUAACAAAAUAGAGGAAUAUGGUGUUUAUCACCAGUGCUGUUUGCAAGGGAAAAUAAAAUAGCAUGCAAUCAGUUUAGAUUUUGGCAGCCGUGGCUUAUUCCCCCUUAGGACAAAGUAUAUCUGCCAAUUUUUUAACUUGUUUCUUAUAUAUUUAUAUAUUUUAAACAUGCCUUUCCUUUGGCAGAAGUGUCCAAAGCAGAUUUUUUUUUCUUUUACCUUUGGACACCCUAGACGCAAUAUAGCUCUAUGGAAUCAUCAGCAGUGGCCUUCACUAGGUUGGCAAUGACCAGGGGGGUGGAGAUUCUGGGGCUGUAUAUCUCCCAUAAGGCAAACUUGUAAAGAAAUUGUCAUUUUGUGCUCUGUUCAAGGAAAUCUGGCUCCUUCUACAGCUGGAAACAAUUCUCUUUUUCAGUGCCUGUCAUGGAAGAAGGGUUUUUGUGAAGUUUUAGCUUACGAGUCCUUGUGUGACCUCUUUCACUCUCUCUUCUUCAGUGCUCUAUCUUUUAUGUUUUGAAUGUUUGUUUCCACUGAUCGUUUAUUGUUCUUGCAAAUAUUUUUAAAUGGGAAUUUGCUUGUUCUCUUUCUUUUACUCUCUUUCUUGUAUCCUUUGCAUCAUAAAAUAGUUUCUAGUGAUUCUAAAUGAACCUUGUAUAUUAAAAUUGCUUCCAGCAAAAGUGUUUUUUAAUAAAUGUCAU